AUGUCGCGCUCUUUGCUAUCAUCAACUGCCACCCGCUGGCUCGCUCAAAGUCAGACUUGCCGGCUCUUCUCAACUUCCCGCGCUUUACGUCUCUCCGCAUUCCCCGAUGGCGAACUCAUUUCUCGACGCUCACGCCCGGUUGCAAGUGGCACACCUCUCCUGGGUUGUUUCUCCAAUUCUAUCUCCCCCUACACUCGUCAACGCUUUGCCAACUUUUCUUCAACUUCCAUUCGCCCGGCGACCAAGGUCACGCAAAACCCCAGAACCGGAGACGAUGGAGAGCCUCUUACGAUUGGUAUCUCACCACGAGCUAUAGAGGUGAGUUUAUACUCGGUUCUUUCUCAGCCCCAUUGCCAGCGUUUCAUGUCCGAUUGA